AUGGUUAUAAGUAGAAAUCGGAUGGAAGAUAUGGAACUUCCAGAUAUUCCUGGUUCAAAUGCUCGAAAUAAUGAAAGAACUAUCAUAAAAUCCGACCAAUUUACAAGAAAAAAGCUUCGAGGUAUUUUACACCUCAUCACUGGAGAACUAAAAAGUCGUGGUACUAAGACACCACAUAUCUUCUUACCGUUCAGGUCUAGGAUAGAUGAUACGAAGCUUGAGUUAUUUAUUUCCAAAAUUUUUCCUCGGGGGGAACUUAUCGGUAUGUAUGACGAGAUAGAGGUGGUUGAAAUUUUGAGAAAGUUCGAUGAAUUCACGUUGAUUUGUGGGUUAAAAUACUUGUGGAGUAGGCUACCAAACAAUGAAAUCAUCGGAUGGGACGUCUACCUUGAAUAUAAGAGAAAAGAGAAGGAAGCAGGGUAUCCGAAAGGUGCAUUUUUGAGUAUUAUGCCUAAGUGCUUAUCAUCACCGGCACAUGCGUCGAUUGUUUACGAUUUUCUUGAUUUAUUGAUUAGUAUUGCUUCAAAUUCACAAUAUAACUACUUGAGUGGCAGAAAGAUAGCUAAGAUGUCAAGUUUAUGGGCAUUUAAUGGUUCUACGAAACCUCAUCAAUCUCCAUUCUACGAUGCUACACUAAGUAAGGAAAACACUUUUAUAGACGGAUUGGAAUAUUGGAAGCCUUCAUCUGAAGCGUUAUUCCACUUAUUAUUGUCAUUUUUAAGGGCAAUGCUUCCUGACAACGAAUCAGACACCCUUAAGCUUCCAAAGACAUUGCAAUCGUUAUUAAUUACAAAUUCUUAUCCACCAUUGGAAAAUACCGAUUCAAUCAAGUCUAUAAUAACUAUCCCCUGUGUGGUGAUAAAAUCAACCAAGGUAUCAUCUAAUGUUUACGAGUUAUUAAGUAAGGUUAGAAAUACUAUUUCUUUCAGCAAAAAGGAUUCAUUCUUGUCGAUGGAAAAUUAUACGAUCUUGAAGAAUAUCUUCCAAAAGUCUUCAACGAAUGAAAUAGUAUCUUCAUUAACAGAAGAAUCUAGGAGAAUUUUAACUAGGUUAAAUUCAGACCCGAUCGAUUCCAACUAUGAUUUAUAUCCUGGAUGGUCCAAGCCAGAUCUUGUCACCGAUCCAAAUAUACCAUUAUUCUCGCAAAUUAACAUUGAAGAUGUUUCCUUGCAGGAUUAUUACAUCUGGACUUGGCUUUCUUCUCUCGCAUCAGAUCAGACAUCGCAUAAUAAAAAACUAUUUGGAAGGUCAAUUGUGGUGGAGGCAAGCCUAAAGGGGUUUCAGAAAUGGUUGAUAAUUACAGAACAGGUUCUUGAUUCUGAGGAAUACAUAAGAUAUUUCAAUGGGCCAUCACUUGAAAAUAAUAAACGUAUUAUAAGUAAUGAAAGUUAUAAAGAUAUGCCAUUACCUCCUCCACCACCACCCUCAAAAGAUAGUGAUUUGUUGCCAAAAUAUAGGUUUACUGACGAUGACUUUAAAAUACAAGUUCUGGCCGAUGAUGAUGAAUACAUUUAUCCAACCCAAAUUAACGAUGACGAAUUAAGUGAUUAUAGGAAAUAUCUUGAAUCGCUAAGCGAACGUCAGGAAGAUGAAUUGGCAAGCAUUUUCCAUCAAAAAGCUAGCUUGAAAAGUACCGAUAAGAAGGCGACUCAUAGACCUCCACCACCACCGUUAGAUGCAAAGGAGGUAAGCGAUAGACAACAGUAUCAACAAAAUCCAACUCAAUUGCAUUCUCCACAAUAUGACUCACCAUCUCAAUCUUACCAGCCUCAUUUAUAUGAAGCAGAACCAUAUCAAUCUCAUCAAACAGAACUGAUGCCACCAGGUCAAAAUAAUUUGAAUACUACUAUGCGUGGCUCUAAAAACCUAUCAUCAUCAAGUGCUGUCAGUUCAAGUGCAUCGCAGUAUAUGACUCCGGAGGGAUCAAAUUCACCGCGUAAAAUAAAUGCAACUAGCCCUUAUUUUGCCAUAGGUAAUUUUCCCCCCAAUCAUCGUAGUGAUUCUGGGUUCAAAGAACCUUAUGAAAAUUAUGAAACUGAUUCUGAGAGGCUUGCAAGAUUAAAAAAUCAGAAAGCUGAAGAACCGUAUGAUGAUUAUCAUAUAGCUGGAUUUAAUGCGGCAAAACGUGAAUACGAACAAUCAAGAGAAAUGGACGACCAUCAGUCUCCUGGAGCAGUCGGUAAUCGUAUUCCAACAAGACAAGUUAAUAAUCACAUAGCGCACGAACCAAUCAACAUUGCUUCAUCGAGCCCUCAAAAUAGACAUAUGUCACCAAGCCCAAUUAGUAAAGAUAUUCCGCAAGUGCCAGUUAAUAAAGAUAUUUUACAAGCGCCAGCUAAUAAUGAGUCACACCACGGUCCAACUGAACAUGGCCUACCACCAGUACCACAGCAAAUGGAAAUUCAACAUCUUCCUGAUGAAAAUAAUGAACAAGGUCAGAUGAAGGAUAGUUAUAUGCCACCAGUAACAAACCAUGAUCCAAUUAAAGUACACUUUAAUCAACCACCAAAUGUAGACGAAGAUGCUAUGAAAGAGGAAAAGAAAAAAAAGAGAAAGCAUAAAAAGCGGAAAGACCAGCAGUCUCCAGUUCACAAGAAUGGACUGUUCGAUCCUCAUCAGGAGGCAUUUUAUGGAAGUUUGCCGCCAGGUCCACCACCACCUUUAGAACAAUUUCUUCCAGGCCAGUUACCUCCGGGACCUCCUCCGCCAGGCAUGGUUCCACCUUUUCUAGAACCAAAUUCUUCUGGAAUCCCACCUUUUUUUCCACCUGGCCCUCCACCAGGAAUGGAAGAACCACCUAAGGAGUCGUCGAGCCAAAACAAGAAGAAGGAAAAAGUCAGAAAGAAUAAAAAAGUGGUAGCACAACGACAAGAAGAAGGUGUAAUUAAUCUGAGCCUGAUGCCCAUAGAGCAAGAUGAGAAGUUGAAUGAUACUAAACCUCAAUUGCACUUCGAUCCACAUGAGAAGAAUGCAGAUACAAUCAACCCACAACCAGGUCUUGAUAAUUAUUCACCCGAAUCACCACAAAAUCAGGCUGACAGAUAUAACCCAAGAAAGAUGUCACCACCAAAUAAUUUUUCUGCGCCUGAUUUACAUCAGCAUGUUCCACCCCAAAGCAUACCACCUCAGCAUUCGUCGACUCCUCAUAUAAAAAUAAACAACGAAUAUCAAAGUGUCCCCCAACGCGCGAGAAGACAAAGUCCACCGCAAGUUCAACAAUUUCAUCAACCCGGGCAUAAUCAUGUUCAGCAAAUGCUGCCAAGCGCUGUGCAUGGUUCACGAUCUGUACCUCAUAUAAUGUCUCCUCCAAUCCAACAUCCAGGAUCACAAUCAGCACCUCAUUUGCCGAUGCAACCAGAUUAUACAGCUCAACCUCAAAUGCUGGUUCCACAUAUGAGAAGUAAUAGCCCUUAUAAUAACGGUCAUUCUCAUAAUCAGCAAUUUCGUCAUCCGCAUGGACACCCGCCACCUGUCCAACACCAACCUUAUCAACCUACAAAUAAUCUGUAUGCGCCGCCACCUCCAAAUCCAAAUUAUUAUCAACCGCCUCCUAAUCAUGAUCCAAAUAUGGGCCAUUACCAAUCGCCACCUCCUAACAAUUCAACGCCCAUACAUCCUCAGGUUUAUUAUCCUCCAGGUCCUCAGCAUCAAUAUUAUCCACCACCACAUCCGCAAAUGAUUGCACCACAAAGGACGCAUGCAAGACCAUACGGGCAACCACCUUCGAAUAAUUUGCCAAUGAUGAAUAUACCAGCAGGCGUGAAACAUAAGAAGAAUGGAAAGAGUAGUAAGGCCGAUUUAAGGGCUGCCUUUAAUCAAAGCACUUUUGGAAUCUGA